UGUGACUGCUUUCCCUAAGCUUGGUCUUCUCUCUUUCAGUAAACGGUCUCCUCUCUACAUGCCCCCAAUUUGUCAUGAAUUCCACCACCGAUCCAAAAUGCCAUGAGGCUAUCUCUAUCAUUGAAAACGAAAACUUGCCACAUCCUCUGGGUAAAUUAUUCAAGUCUUUCGCCCCAGAAGCACUUUAUCCUGCCCUCGCCGCCGCCUAUGCCCUCAAUUCCUUUCAUCCGAGCCAACACGGCAAGGCUGAUCUUUAUGCCCUUGUUUCAGAUUGGACAUUUAUCAUAGAGUCUAUCACCAAAUACGGAACAGCACCACCAGCCCCCGACAGCAGGACCCAAACACAAAUUGUCAAAAGGAUUGGAAACCGAUGUUGCAUCAUGGGGAAGCCAGCGAGUUUAAAGGACCCCCUGGUAGUGAUGCCUGUUAUUCUCGCGCCAUCCCGCUGGCUUGAAACCGAGCCGAGAGUCCAUGAUAUGCUUCGCACCUUCUUCAGUCCCCCUUACCUCGAUUGGUGGUUAGCUUAUACAGAACGAUUACAGCGGGUGGAUCCCAUCGACGGCCAUUGGCUUGUUCGCAGGUCGGCCGCCGAGGCCUACAGGAAUGGGCUGGUCAAGCUGCAUCGGCUACAUCCCUCAAAGAUUGAAUACAGAAUUGGUUGGUGUUUGAUUGGGACCGUAGAACCAAUGAUUGAUGUUGAUGGCCAAUAUCCCCUUCUCGGAGACCAUUCGCGCUUGGCAAUACGCAAGGUAGACGCACGAUUCAUCGGGACCCAUGCCCGCUUGGCCACGAGCAUCCGAUGGCUCGAAGUCAAGAAGCAAAUUACGGACAAUGAAACAGUGAUAGCUCAAGCGGGGAUACGCCCUUCAACAUCCAGGCCAAGUUUGACAUCAGGUGUAUUUCAAACGUUCCGCACAAUCUUCUGGCGAGCAUGGCUUGUGACCCCCCAAUUCGUUCGGCUAUCAAUGUACAAACUAUUGAGUAAAGUCGGACACCAUCUUUUCGGACGAACCAGUUCUUUGGCGGUCAGCCGUCUGCCUGUCGGUCUGUACCUGAAGUCCACCGACGAAAGGGCAUUCAAUGAAUCCAAUGCGCUCACUCUUGUUCACAAGUACACCUCUGUGCCAGCCCCUCAUGUGCUAGAUCUGGUAGCAGACUCACGAAACACGUAUCUCUUGACGAAAUCCCUCCGUGGUGAACCCCUCGCUAGAGCAAUGGAUAUGCUCUCUGAUAGAGAUUGCCGCGAGUUCGUCCACCAAAUGCAAGGCUUCGUGACUCAACUCCGGGCAAUCACCUCAGUCGGUCCCAAAAAUUACAUAUGUAAUACUUUGGGCAAAGCACGUAGCGACCCAAGAAUUCGCGAUGGCAAUCCGAUUGGCCCCUUUGAAGAUGAAGCUUCUUUCAGUCAAUAUCUUCUCGUAUUUACUCAUGCGGACUUGAAUCUGCGGAAUACUCUCGUGGAUAAAGUCACAAGACUGGAUGGAAAAAGGGGUUGGGCAAUCUUGGGGAUCGUCGAUUGGGAAAACGUGGCUCAGGUUUUAGCUGAUGUGUUUCGCCCGUUUGGAGGUUAUGUAAAGGAGCUUGAAGUUGAGAAGAGGAGCUGGAGUGAGGGCGAUGGCGCAUUUUAA